AUGACGAUCUCGAACGCCGUGGUGGGGAAUUUGACGACAAUCUACCUCGUCGUGAUCGCCACGAUGAAGGCGUACGGCCUCGCCGUGGGGCGGAGCUUCGGCAGCGCCUACGUCCUCGCCCUCUCCACCGCCGUGGUGGCCGCCGUCCUCGUCGCCAGCCUCGCCUGGGACGUCUCGCGGAAGGUGACGCAGGCGCUCAUGGCGCGCGAUAGCCACCACGAGAUGUGCCGCGGCGGCAUCUGCUGGCACGGCGUCGCCGUCAAAUCGCCGGCAUCUGAGGUCCGGUUCCGCCUCCCUCACCACCACCACCUCAGAUAA